CUCCAAAACCAUUUAUACCAAAGCUCUCUCAAAAGUCAAUCAAAUCCCUUUCACUACCAAAGGAAAGAAUUUUUGAUUUCUAAUUUACUUUUAAUUGCUUUCUUUUCUAGUCUUCUUCUUUCUCAAAUCAGAAAAAAAAAAAAAAAACAAUGGCGGGAGUGUCGAGAGAGACGCAGAUGUCGAUAGAAGCAUCGUCUAUGUUUCCUGGGUUCCGUUUUUCCCCGACGGACGUUGAAUUAAUAUCUUAUUACCUCAAGAAGAAGAUGGAGGGCGCUGAGAAGUGUGUCGAGGUUAUUUCUGAGGUUGAGAUUUGCAGUCACGAACCCUGGGAUUUACCUGCCAAAGCUGUAAUCCAGUCCGAGAACGAAUGGUUCUUCUUUUCUGCUCGUGGAAGAAAAUACCCAAAUGGCACCCAAAGUAGGAGGGCAACAGAACUCGGUUACUGGAAGGCAACUGGGAAAGAAAGAAAUGUCAAGUCUGGCUCUGAUGUCAUUGGUACUAAGAGAACUCUUGUCUUCCACAUUGGUCGUGCACCUAAAGGGGAGAGGACUGAAUGGAUUAUGCAUGAAUAUUGCAUGCAUGGCAAACCCCAGGAUUCUCUUGUUGUUUGCCGCCUUCGAAGAAAUGUUGAGUUUCGUCCGAAUGAUAAUUCCAACCGAAAUUCUCUAAAUAGGAGACAGUUAUCAGCUUCUGAUGGUGGAAUUGAGCGGACGGGCAUGUCUGAAGGGGACAAGAGAGCAGAAUGCUCAAGAAAGUGUAGUAGCAGUUAUGAUUCUCAUUCUAUUGAGCAAAUUGAUUCGGCAUCUGAAUCUGAUCAGAAACUAUCAAACGAGGCUCCUCUGGCAGAGUCAUCUUGCCAACAGCAGGAUUCUGAUAAAGAAGAAGAUUUUUAUGCUGAUAUACUGAAAGAUGAUAUAGUUAAAUUGGAUGAGACUCCAUUUUCUGAAGCGCAAGAGCUCCUUCCGUUCAUUGCCGGUAAGGCUGAGACGCAGGCACAAGCUCAAAUGCAACAGCCUAUGGGAAUAAUUGUGUCGCAAGCAAUUCCACCAAAUUCAAUUGCUUCCCAAGGAAUAGCAAACAGAAGAAUCAAAUUAAAGAGGCAAGCACCCCCUGCGGCUGAUGCAGAGCCAUCUGGAAGCGGCAAGGAGGAGGAGUCGCCAAAAUGUGUGGUUAGCAUGGCAAAACACAGACCCAUAUUUAUAGUUUUUAUUAUCCUGACAUUGCUGGCUUUGUUAGCGUCUUGGUUAUGGGGUUCCUUGCAUACGAAGAGAAUGACAUACGGAAUCCUGUACAAAGCCUUCUGGGACUGAUUCCCGGCAAGCCUCUGUGUAAAAAAGUCAAAUCAGGGAACCUUUUUUUCUCAUAAUUCGCCUUUGAAUAUUAGAACAUAAGCUUAAGCAUUAAUUAAUAGAAUGAUUAGUUGUGGGAGUUAUGGGAUGUAGUGGCAACUUGUAUUGCUGUGCUUUUCAUAUUCAUUCUUGGAAUACUGUACUCCUGAGGGAAGUGAUUGAUGGGUAGACUGCCUGGGAACGUGUUUUGGUCCUUGAAAGAGUGUGCACAGGCCACCUAUUUGUUUGUUUA